GUUGCUAACAAUGUUCUAUGUUUAUAGGUGAACAAAAUGAAUUUGUGGAGCAGGCUAGUCACAACUGACCCAGAGAUAUCUACUAGGAAAAUUAAUCCAGAACCAUCUAAGCUGUCUGAUUUGGACGGUGAAACGCGUGGUCUAGUGGAGAAGAUGAUGUACGACCAACGGCAAAAGGAAAUGGGCCUUCCUACCAGUGAUGAACAAAAGAAACAAGAUGUACUUAAACAGUAAGUACAUAUUUAUAAUUAGACUUUAUACUGUGUGAAUAGGGAUGAUAACUAAUUAUUGUUUGUCUGUCGGGUAGAUU